AUGAAGUGCUUUCUCCCUGUGCUGAGCUGUCUGGCUGUGCUGGGUGUCGUGGCAGCGCAGCGGCAGGUCGCCAUCCAGGAAGGUCCCUUGUUCCGCACGGAGAGCUCUCACGUCACCAUCUGGUGCAAUGUGAGCGGCUUCCAGGGGCCCUCCGAGCAGAAUUUCCAGUGGUCCAUUUACAUGCCCACGGCCCCGGAACGCGAGGUCCAGAUUGUCAGCACCGUGGACUCCUCUUUCCCUUACGCCAUCUACACGCAGCGUGUCCACAGCGGGAAGAUCUACGUGGAGAGGGUGCGGGGGAACUUGGCCUUAUUACACAUCACUGAGCUCCAGGCCCGGGAUGCCGGGGUGUACGAGUGCCACACGCCCAGCACUGACGAGCGGUACUUCGGGAGUUACAGCGCCAAGAUGAACCUCGUGGUGAUCCCGGACACCCUGCAAGCCAGCGCUGUGCCCCAGACUUUGCACAAAGUGGAGCAGGACCCCCUGGAGCUCACAUGUGACAUAUCCACGGAGACGCUGCAGCACAGCCACGUCUCGGUGGCCUGGCUCCGGCAGCGGGGUGGCGAGAAGCCGGUGGAGGUCAUCGCCCUGAGCCGGGAUUUUGUGCUACAGUCGAGCAGUGACUACGCGCAGAGGCUGAGCCUGGGGGAGAUGCACCUGGACAAGCUGGGGAGCACCACCUUCCGCCUCACCAUCUUCCACCUGCAGCCCUCUGACCAGGGCGAGUUCUACUGCGAGGCCACGGAGUGGAUCCAGGACCCGGAUGGCUCGUGGUACCCCAUGACCCGAAAGCGUUCCGAGGGGACCGUGGUCAACGUCCAGCCCACCGACAAAGAGUUCACUGUUCGACUGGAGACGGAUAAGCGGCUGUACACGGUGGGAGAGCCGGUGGAGUUCAGAUGCAUCCUGGAGGCGCAGCACGUUCCCGACCGUUACUUCGCUGUCUCCUGGGCCUUCAACAGCUCACUCAUCGCCAGCAUGGGGCCGAACGCCGUGCCCGUCCUCAACAGUGAAUUUGCCCAUCGGGAGGCCAGGGGCCAGCUCAAAGUGGCCAAGGAGGGUGACAAUGCCUUCGUGCUGAAGAUCUACCACCUCCGCCAGGAGGACAGCGGCAAAUACAACUGCCGUGUGACCGAGAGGGAGAAAACGGUAACUGGGGAAUUCAUCGACAAGGAGAGCAAGCGUCCCAAGAACAUCCCCAUCAUCGUCCUCCCCAUCAAGAGCAGCAUCUCGGUGGAGGUGGCCAGCAACACCAGCGUCAUCCUAGAGGGCGACAAUCUGCACCUUUCCUGCAGCAUCCGGACGGCGGGCCGGCCUCUCGGCCGCUUCUCCGUCAUCUGGCAGCUAGUGGACCGGCAGAACCGUCGCAGCAACAUCGUGUGGCUGGACCGAGACGGCACUGUGCAGCCCGGAGCGUCCUACUGGGAGCGCAGCAGGUUUGGGGGCGUCCAGAUGGAGCAGGUGCAGCCCAACACAUUCAGCCUGGGCAUCUACAACAGCAGGAAGGAGGAUGAGGGCCAGUAUGACUGCCACGUGACCGAAUGGGUGCGGGCCGUGGACGGCGAGUGGCAGGUCGUGGGGGAGCGCCGGGCCAGCACUCCCAUCUCCAUCACCGCUCUCGAAACAGGCUUCGCGGUCACUGCCAUCUCCCGCACGCCGGGGGUGACCUAUUGCGACUCCUUCGACCUGCAGUGCAUCAUCAAACCCCAUUAUCCCUCCCGGGUCCCCGUGUCAGUGACGUGGCGGUUCCAGCCGGUGGGCACCAUCGAGUUCCACGAUCUGGUGACCUUCACCCGGGAUGGAGGAGUCCAGUGGGGGGACAGGUCUUCCAGCUUCCGGACCCGGACGGCCAUCGAGAAGGCAGAAUCCAGCAACAACGUCCGGCUGAGCAUCAGCCGAGCCAGCGACACGGAGGCGGGCAAGUACCAGUGUGUGGCGGAGCUGUGGCGGAAGAACUACAACAGCAGCUGGACGCGGCUGGCUGAGAGGACCUCCAACCUGCUGGAGAUCCGGGUGCUGCAGCCAGUGACAAAGUUGCAGGUGAGCAAAUCAAAGCGGACCCUCACCCUGGUGGAAAACAGGCCCAUCCAGCUGAACUGCUCAGUCAAGUCCCAGACCAGCCAGAACUCCCACUUCGCUGUGCUCUGGUAUGUCCACAAGCCCUCGGACGCCGACGGCAAGCUCAUCCUCAAAACCACCCACAACUCCGCCUUUGAGUAUGGCACCUAUGCCGAGGAGGAGGGCCUGAGAGCCAGGCUGCAGUUUGAGAGGCACGUGUCCGGGGGUCUGUUCAGCCUCACUGUCCAGAGAGCCGAGGUCAGCGACAGCGGCAGCUACUACUGCCAUGUGGAAGAGUGGCUGCUGAGCCCCAACUAUGCCUGGUACAAGCUGGCAGAGGAGGUUUCCGGGCGUACGGAGGUCACUGUGAAGCAGCCAGACAGCCGCCUGAAGCUCAGCCAAGCGCAGGGCAACCUGUCAGUCCUGGAGACGCGGCAGGUGCAGCUGGAGUGCGUGGUCCUGAACCGCACGAGUGCGGCCUCGCAGCUGCUGCUGGAGUGGUUUGUGUGGAAGCCCAACCAGCCAGAGCGGGAGACCGUGGCCCGCCUGAGUCGCGAUGCCACCUUCCACUACGGAGAGCAGGCGGCCAAGAACAACCUGAAGGGCCGGCUGCACUUGGAGAGCCCGUCCCCUGGCGUGUACCGGCUCUUCAUCCAGAACGUGGCGGUGCAGGACAGCGGCACCUACAGCUGCCGUGUGGAGGAGUGGUUGCCCAGCCCCAGUGGCACGUGGUACAAACGGGCCGAGGACACCGCCGGCCAGACGGCUGUUCGCGUCACUCGCCCAGAUGCUGCCCUGCAGGUGGACACAGUGGUCCCCAACGCCACGGUGUUCGAGAAGGCAGCUUUCCAGCUGGACUGUAGCAUUGUGUCUCGCUCCAGCCAGGACUCCCGCUUCGCCGUGGCCUGGUACUCCCUGAGGACUAAAGUUGGAGGAAAAAGGGGUAGCCCUGGCCCAGAAGAUGGGGAGGAGGAGGACGAGGAAGUGGAGGUGGAUGAAGAGGAGGAAGAGGACCCCACAGAGCGGACCACUCUGCUGAGUGUGGGCGCAGAUGCCGUCUUUGGCCCAGAGGGCAGCCCCUGGGAGGGCAGGCUUCGCUUCCAGAUGCUUUCCCCACUCCUCUACCGGCUCACCGUGCUGCAGGCCAGCCCCCAGGACUCAGGUAACUACUCCUGCCGCGUGGAGGAGUGGCUUCCCAGCCCUCAAAAGGAGUGGUACCGGCUGACCGAGGAGGAGUCAGCCCCCGUCGGCAUCCACGUUCUGGACACGAGUUCCACCCUGCAGUCCAUCAUCUGCUCCAACGACGCACUCUUCUACUUUGUCUUCUUCUACCCUUUCCCCAUCUUUGGCAUCCUUAUCAUCACCAUCCUGCUGGUGCGCUUCAAGAGCCGGAACUCCAGCAAGAACUCCGAGGGGAAGAAUGGGGUGCCCCUGUUGUGGAUCAAGGAACCACACCUCAACUACUCCCCCACUUGCCUGGAGCCCCCCGUGCUCAGCAUCCACCCAGGAGCCAUAGACUAA